AUGCCAAUUGAUUUUCUUUCUAAUAGGUCUUCUACAGCUGACAGGUCAUGGAUCCACCCGGAGCACAGGCUCCAGCCAACCGAUCGGCGCGACCUGUUCUACUGCACGGCGUGCAAGGAGAUCGGGUUCGGGCGCUCGUACUCCUGCGAGCCGUGCGCGGUCCACGUCCACAAGGAGUGCGUGUCUCCACCUCCCGCCCUGUCCCAUCCUCUACUGGAGUAUACCGAUGAUCUCUCUUUUGUUCGAAGCAUCCAAACUUAUGACACCGAAACCGACACCGACACCGAGGCCGACACCGACACCGACGGCGGCAGCAAAUUUUGCAGGGCAUGCUCCAAGCCGCUGCGUGGUUGCGGAUCCAUGUCUGCCGGUGGAAAGAGCAGCUUCCACCCAUGUUGUCUUCACCUUGAUAGAUUCAUAAAAGUUAACGGGGAGAAGCUCAAGCUUAAGACGAAGAACAUACCGUGGAAAUGCAACUGGUACAAGAAGGAGUUGAUCCGGGAUCAGAGAACUGUUAUCCCGAGCUGGUCAUACGUCUCGGUGGGCAAGAAUCGCCGUUUUCAUGUUGGGUGCGUCCAAGACAUGAUGCUCGAGAGCUGGAGAGAUGGCGGCAUUGAUCAGCCUGUACGAGGAAAGGAAGAGGACAGCACCGCCAACUUCACAACAUGCCUAAGCUUCAAGAUCAAGCUCCCCAUUGAUCCUGAAGAAGAAAGAGAUGCCGACCCUUCGGAAUCAGCGACGCAGAAGUUGGCGGAUUACCUACUGAAGGUCCGCGAUGGGAAUGAUCCUUUGACUGCGGCCACGGGAGAUCCGGCAAACGAAACAAUCGAGCUCCUCAGCGACGCCUUGGAAGCUCUCAAGAGUGGGGUGGAAUCAGCGACGAAGAAGGAGGCGGAUCCCAAAAUGGACAUCCGCCCUUCGAAAUCAGAGAAGCAGAAAGCUGUAAGGAGUGGGGUGGGGUCUGGGUCCUGCAAGGUAUGGGAGAGAACUAAGUUCCUGUGGCGAAAGCUGCUUCUCAAGAUACGGCAAGGGAUAGCCCGGCUGGCCGACAGUCCAGUCGGCCGUGCCGGCCGCAAGACCUGGACCACGGUCAUGCAACCAUCCAAGCUGUGGGAGUUCAUCCGUCCCCUUCUGCAAUGGCUUCACUCCAUGUUAUGUGAACUAGCAAGUCGGAUGUUGAUCGGGACGUACUUGCUGGCAGGUCGACUCCCGUAUGAUGCCCAGGCGUACUCGAUGAAUUAGGAAAGGAAAAGGAAAUGUUCGAAGUUUUACAAUUAAACGUUAUAAUUAAAACUCGUAGCGUCUCGUCUUGUG